CCGGGACCGGGGGCGGUCCCCGCCGGGCGGCCGCUGCCCGCCGCGCCGCCGACUCCAACCCGAUAUUUGGUUAUUCGGCAUUCGCGCGACACCGUCGUACCGCGCGCUCGUCUCCUAGCUCACUCCGCGUUCGCGAGCCACCCGUGACACGCGUACGCACCUUCGCUCCCGCCGCUACCCUCGACAUUCGAGAACAGUGCUGUGCAGUGCUCAAACUUAACUUUGCCGUGCUUUUCGGGUGGAACAAAAUAUACUGUGGAAUAGUGCGAUGAUAAGGUUGCGGUCCGGCGGGAAGGCGACUCUUUGAGCGACGAAAGGGUUGGAGUGCGGGGUGCGAAGCGGGCGGAGGGCGGCGCUCGGCCGCGCAAGCGCCCGGCGGGGCUCGCCGCGGCUCGGCACACGCGUCGGCACCGGCGCGCGCGAUGGACGACAAACCGACCGCCGUCGGCGGCGAAGAACACUACAGCCUGCGCUGGAACAACCACCAGGCGCACUUGCUCCGCUCCUUCGAGGCGCUGCUGCACGCGGAGACGCUAGUGGAUGUCACCCUCGUAUGCGCGGAACGUCGAGUGCGAGCACACAAGGUCCUACUCGGCGCCUGCAGUCCUCUGUUCCGGCGGAUAUUCAGCGAAAAUCCGUGCAAGCACCCCGUUAUUGUGUUGAAGGACUUUCAAGGAUGGGAGGUGCAAGCAGUGGUGGACUUUAUGUAUCGCGGAGAGGUGUCGGUGGCACAAGAGCAACUCGGAACGGUGAUAAGGGCGGGCGAAUCGCUGCAAGUUCGUGGAUUGGCAGAUCAGGAUCGGGAAGAGAGACAGGAGCGAUCGCCGACGCCUGUGGCGCGUAGUCCGGCGCAGGCGACGCCCGCGCCUUCUCCGCCAGCGAGCCCGGCCAGCCCGCAGCCGAGGCGCAAGCAGGCGCGUCCGCGUCGCCGUUCUGGAGAGUCUGAUACGCCAGAAAACUUAUCAAUGCGGCGGUCUCCGAGCGGGUUGAAGGCGGUGCGGCUGGCCAGGCCACGCUCGCCCCCCAAGGAAGCCGAUGAGCCUGAAAACGAGGCGCCGCCACCGCCGCGGAUGUUCCCGCCGCAUCAGGAUAUGUUCCCACCUGUGCCACCCUCAGCAGUGUCCGCACUAUCCCUCACGCCACCACACAUGUUUGGCAUCGACUCGCCCCUGGGCCUGUUUCCCCCGGGCAUGGAGCACAAGAUGUACCCCAUGAUGGACGUGGAGCACCGCGCGCCGCCCCUGGACGCGCAACUAUUCACAAACGUCAAAAAGAAAUGGAGGCCGAAAGGGCAACACAGCGCGCCGCGCGGCGGGCCACCUCGAUCUUGGACGAAUGCCGAGCUCACAGAGGCCCUGCAGCACGUGUGGAACAAGAAAAUGACUACGAGUCAGGCGUCGAGGAUUUUCGGCAUCCCGUACAACUCCCUGCUGAUGUAUGUGCGGGGAAAGUACGGCAAGAGCCUCAAACUUGAGCAACUGAGGAAAGACUGCAUCGGGGGGCCCCUCGACGUGCUGAACAUGAACUCAGGGAACAAUAACAACAACCAUCCGCCCAGCAAGCACCAACACGACAAAGAAGACCACCAGAACGCCAGCCAAAGACCUGCCAGCUCAGAACCAGACAUCACCUCGAACCCAAUUUUCAAUCCAUUCUCGCAAGGCUUCUACCCAGAGUUCCCACCCGGGUUUCCGAUGCCGCUGAAUAUGCUUCACCUGUUACCGCCAAAUGAAAAAGCGAGAGAGCUGUACCAAUCGAUGCCGAUGGCGUUAGACUCCCUGUCCGGAGUGACGAAGGAGGAAGACUGCAAGAGUGAUAGAUCGAAGGAGAACUCCGCAGACGAAGAGGGAGACGCAUAUCGCGCGCCCGCUCACCCCCCUCAUCCACCCGACAACCGCACGCUGCUCCAUCACAACGGCCAGGACUAAGUCCGCGAAUCUUUCAUCAUAAGUUCAAACGUCUUCGAAUCUCCCCCGUAUGUACCUAGGUAAACCCGAUCGAGCACACUGUCUGUGCUAUCUAGACGAAAAGUCGCCUAAGUAUCUAAUGAGGACAUUAAACUGGAUUCUCCUUUAGAGUACCGCGUGUACUGCAUAACGUGGAAGUUACGUGAUGGAAAUCUGACAAGUGUCCCUACUUCGGCAUACCUGAUUAUUACAAAUUCUUUAUCUUCACUCGACCUUAUUCUAGGACAUCCCAUCUUUUGUCUUUUUAACUCGCCGAGAAGAGGGGAAAUUCUAUUCUUGACUCUUUCGAUGUGCAAUAGUUGGCCGAAU